GGGAGGGGAGAGGAAAGCUGCGCGCGCAUUCCGCUGCUAUAUAAGGGUUGGCGGUUUACUUCACGCAGCCAGAGUCGGUUGGGAGCAGGGUGAUUUUAGGUGGAAGUGACCGGUGUCGCCGCCAUCAUGAGGGAGAUCGUGCACCUGCAGGCCGGGCAGUGCGGGAACCAGAUCGGAGCCAAGUUCUGGGAGGUGAUCAGCGACGAGCAUGGCAUCGAUCCAACCGGUACCUACCAUGGAGACAGCGACCUGCAGCUGGAGCGCAUUAACGUCUAUUACAACGAGGCCACAGGUGGCAAGUACGUGCCCCGCGCCGUACUGGUGGACCUGGAGCCCGGCACCAUGGACUCCGUGCGCUCCGGGCCCUUCGGCCAGAUAUUCAGGCCAGACAACUUCGUGUUCGGUCAGAGCGGCGCAGGAAACAACUGGGCAAAGGGCCAUUAUACGGAAGGUGCUGAAUUAGUUGAUUCUGUGUUAGAUGUUGUAAGGAAGGAGGCAGAAAGCUGUGAUUGUCUCCAGGGCUUUCAGCUUACUCACUCCCUCGGUGGUGGUACGGGCUCAGGUAUGGGUACCCUCCUCAUCAGCAAAAUCCGUGAAGAGUACCCAGACCGAAUUAUGAAUACUUUCAGUGUUGUUCCAUCCCCUAAAGUGUCAGAUACUGUAGUAGAGCCCUACAAUGCCACACUCUCGGUUCACCAGCUUGUGGAGAACACAGAUGAAACAUACUGUAUUGAUAACGAAGCUCUCUAUGACAUAUGCUUCAGAACACUGAAGUUAACCACUCCAACCUACGGUGAUCUGAACCAUUUAGUGUCAGCCACCAUGAGCGGUGUUACCACCUGCCUGCGGUUCCCAGGCCAGCUCAAUGCUGACCUGCGGAAGCUGGCAGUCAACAUGGUUCCCUUCCCCCGUUUGCACUUCUUCAUGCCUGGCUUUGCCCCUCUCACCAGCCGUGGGAGCCAACAGUACCGGGCUCUGACAGUGCCAGAGCUGACACAGCAGAUGUUCGACGCAAAGAACAUGAUGGCUGCUUGUGACCCGCGGCACGGCCGCUACCUGACCGUGGCUGCUGUGUUCAGAGGCCGUAUGUCCAUGAAAGAGGUGGAUGAGCAAAUGCUAAAUGUUCAGAACAAAAAUAGCAGCUAUUUUGUGGAAUGGAUCCCUAAUAACGUUAAAACGGCAGUCUGUGACAUUCCACCUCGUGGCCUGAAAAUGUCUGCCACCUUCAUUGGGAACAGCACAGCCAUCCAGGAGCUGUUCAAACGCAUUUCUGAGCAGUUCACAGCCAUGUUCCGCCGAAAGGCGUUCUUGCACUGGUACACAGGCGAGGGCAUGGACGAGAUGGAAUUCACAGAAGCUGAGAGCAACAUGAAUGACCUGGUGUCUGAGUAUCAGCAGUACCAGGAUGCUACAGCUGAGGAGGAGGGGGAGUUUGAGGAGGAGGCUGAGGAAGAGGCUGAGUAACAGCUAUGCAGAUGAAUACCUGUAAAUUUUGUUUAAAGCUGUAUGAACUCUCAUCAAACCUCUGUCUGUGUUGUGUUCCUCUUUAUGUCUCAAAAGUCACUUCAACUGCUGUACAGGCACCAUUAAAGCAUUUUUCACAGUGCA